CGCAUAGGCCAAGUGCGCAGCCGCUCAUCUUCUCUUCAUCCUCUUCUUUUCUUCACCAUCUUUCUGCAUAUCAAUCUUUAGCUACUCCCGCUGCACCCUUCCACCUAUCUACCUACCCGCUUCUUACCGUCAUAGCCAUGGCCUUCUCCUUUAACUAUCACCAACGCCAAGGCUUUGUCGGUGUUAUGAACGCCCUUCAACGGUUGGAGGAAGACCCAGGGCGGCUUAGCCUUGAGAGAGCGCGUUACGACGAUCCUCCACCGCCCUACCCAUCGUCAGGCGAGACGACGCAGCCUGCGAGCCCUGCCGAAGCUCACGUUACUGAUGAGGCGGCGCUUCAAGCCCGGCGUAACCUCAUGCUCCGAUCGAUGCCGUACGCCCAGUUCGAUAGCCAGACGCGUAGAGAAAGAGAACGGAUAGUAUACCAGCGGGGGGAAGAGCGCUACGGGCGGAGGCGGACGCUGCCAUACGAUGAAACGGCCGACUUGCUAGCGAACUCCCAGAACAACAUCCGGGCCCGUUGGGUAGAACAGGGCAUCUGGAAGGAGGAAUGGGGCCCGGCCUGGCCGAAGGGAGCCAAACCAUGGGAUAACCGUUGGCGUUCUUCACGCGAAAAUACAGGAGGACCCCGCCCUUUCGGCCGCUGGCUCCAUGAAAAGAGGCCCGAUCCGAAGCUGCCAUCUCCCGAACCAGCACCCGAGCCGGAGACUAAGGCCAUCCGAAAUAUCUUCGUUGGAUUGGGGCGAGAAGAACCAAAUGCUACCACGGAAGAACCAGGACAUGCUUCUGCACCAGAUGUCACUGAGGCGCCAGCAGCUACAUCUGAGCGCGAUACUUCAGCGUCUCGCCCCUACCAGCAGUUUCUCUUCCAAGUAUCCAAGGAGCGCGAAUGGGUAAGAGACGAGCUUCAAUUCAAACGGUCCGCUGGAACGAUUGACAUCGACGCCAUGGCCUACGAAAGCACUAAGAAGAACUGGAUCGAAGACGAGAUUUGGAAUCCUGCAUGGGGCGAACUGCCCGGGACGACCUGGAUGCACGAGGACCUUGAGGAGGAGGACGAACGCCGAACGUCUAUACCGCAGCCUGAUGCAGUCAGCAAUGACGAACAACCACCCCGUCUUCCCAGCCCCAGGUCUUUCAACUCGGAGCCAACGCCUGGCGUCUACAACGAUGGUACAAGCAGCAAUAAUUUAUCUACGGUCCCCGAGGAGGUUGAUGCCUCUAGUGGAGUGAUUGCUAGAGCGAGGGGUAAGAGGAAGAGGGCGAAAGGCACCUCCCGGCUGCCUACCGUUAAAGAGAGCCCGCGGUCAGCAGAAGAGUCGGCAGGCCGAGCCCUUCGGAGUGUGCGUUCGUCAAAAGUGAUGAAACCGAGCGAAUCGGAAUCUACUGUUUCCAACACCCGUUUUCGGAAAAAGAAUUACCGCAUGUUUGGGCCUGGUGAAAUAUCCAAUUUGAUUCGGCAAAACAGCACGUCACACACGCCAGGAGGCGAUGAUACGAUUGUGGCACCUGGGAACGAGCAAUUUUCCACUAAAAGGCCUAUCCGUACCUGUAGGCGGUCUUCUCUUGGGCUAGCGGGAUCAGGGAUGUCGAAACCGAAGAGCAGGAUAGAACACCAACGGCAGCCAGAUGCUCGUACCAAGAAUGCCACUUUACAAUUGCCGUCGGCCGGGGCGCUCAACAAUACCAGACAACGACGUCGUACAGUCGAGAAUCAGCCGAUUGCAACUAAGGUACCCCGGAGAAGCAAGCGCAUAGCUGCGCAGAUGCGGAAUAUCCCAGUUGAGCGCGAGCGUAAGACGGCAGCAUCCGGCGAGGCCAAAGGACGAUCACGGUCAUCACCACACGCCACAUCUAUCUCGGCAGACAGUAAUCGGAUAAGAAAACGGCAAUGCAGCUCCAAUGGUGGGACACAGGCGAGACGGCAGUCAAGAUCAUAGUUAAUCAACUAGGUGUAUUCCCAACUUUGAUGUACUAGUAGCUGAACAAAUAACUAAAUAUUUACGCGCUUAGGUAAUUAAUGUCGAUGAGGAAAGCGAGAUCUUGAUCGCGAGAUCUUGAGUAUAUGAC